AAACACAAAGUACGCUGACUGCAAACACGGAAACACAGUGUGACAAGGAGGGCGCCAGCGUUGUUAUGUUUCAUCUUUAAAUUUCAUGCAAUUUAAAUAUCCGUGAUUAAAAGCACGACGUUGCACGCAAAAUACAUAACCGGGUAGUGUAUCAGAUUUUUUCUCCCGUUCUAUGGAUUUGUUGCAGCUUCUGUCAUGGACCUGCAUCGUGUUCACAGUCGGGAUGUUCUCGACUGGACUGACCGACCUGAAGAAGAUGCGAGAGUCCAAAAGUGCUGACAAUAUCCAGUUUCUUCCUUUCCUCAUCACGUGUCUUAAUAACCUGGGCUGGUUGUAUUAUGGGAUCCUGAAGAAAGAUCAGACGAUUUUCCUGGUCAACAUUAUUGGAGCUCUACUCCAGAUCCUUUACAUCAUCGUGUACUUGCACUACACAAAACAAAAGAGGCUGGUGAUAUCUCAGACCCUAGCAGCAGGGACAGUGCUGACUUGCGGUUGGUUCUACUUCACCGCGUUGCUUCCUGAGGGAGACACUCAGCUCAGCCAGCUAGGCCUCACCUGCAGCGUGGUCACCGUCAGCAUGUACCUGUCCCCGCUCACCGACCUGGUAGGGAUCGUGCGUAGUGGUAAUGUGCAGUGCUUGUCCUUCCCUCUGACUGUAGCCACCUUAUUCACUUCAACCUCCUGGGUCCUGUACGGCCUCCAGCUGAACGACUACUAUAUCGUGGUUCCAAACAUGCCUGGAAUCUUCACCAGCCUCAUCAGAUUUUAUCUGUUUUGGAGAUUUGCAUCUGUAAAUCAGAGCUCACCUUCCUAUAAGCCUAUGCAUAUAUGAGGAUAUGACAGGGGGACAGUUAUGAAAAUGAAAAGAGAUGACAGAUCUGUUGACUCCAUGGAGGGCUGUGGCAUAGCUCUCCCAUCACUCGUCUUGUAUUUUUAAUCAUACAGAGAGACAGAGAAACACACUGUCAUUGGACGACACCACUGAUGAAGUGGAGAUAAUGUCUUGUGUUUGUUAACUUAGUAAAUUUGAGGAGGUAUAUCAGUUACUCCGUUAAGUGGAAAAAUUAUGAUGUCUUCAGUUCAACUUUUCUUUUUUCUUGUCUGCCGCAUUUGUUAAACCUUUGACCUGUGUCUCAUCUCCAUGUCUUUCAAGUGCCUUCUGUUAGAUCAUGUUUGCCAUUAAAGACCAAUGGCAUUUGCUGAUCUACCAACAUGUCAGGAGACUUGUUAUCUGUUUGCAAUCCAGUGAAUUGGAUUGAAUCUCCCUCACUCCAUACUAGCCAAAGAUUUUGUGGAGUUGUUACUUGCUGGCUGCUUUUUUUAACGUUAAAUAUAGUUACUCUGGUCCCUGGUUCUCACGUUUGGAAUAAUGUAGUAUAUAUAGUUUCAUUUCUCCCAAAUGACAAUUUCAUAUCUCUUUAGAGUUUGGUACUCAUGCCUCUGUAUCACCAUGCAGACAGAAUGUUGAGUCAUAUCCGUGGCAGUAAAUUAUAUUUGUUCAGAAUUGUUUUCUAUAUAUUUUAUGUCUUUUUGAUACAGAAUUAGUGUGUUGGCUUAUGACCAUGAUCAGAUAUUGUCUACCUAUAUUGUUAACGCUAUUUUAUAAGCUGUUGUAUGAGAUUAAAUCAAAUGAUGAUAAUGUUUAUUUUGCUGGUGGCUGGUUGUAAUGGGUAAUAGUCUUGCUUGUCUCCUCAUUAUUAUCUGUAAUAAGGACAUAUGUUAUGCAAAUUAAACAGCUGAAUGUCAAUGCUGAUUUACUCACUUCUAAAGGAUGUAAGAUCUUUAAAGGUGCCGUGUAAAUACAUUUCUACCUUAACCAUCAA